GAGAUGGAGGUGGCGCUGGGUGGCUGAGUUCUGUGCGAUGGGGGGCAGCGAGUGGCGACGAGAGAGCACCGCCGUGAGUGUCGGGGGAGUCUUACCAACAGAAUUUAAAAUGUUUUAUUAAACACAACAUCAACUUUCAAGAAUGUAAAGAAAGUUGAUGAUGACAGACUGAAACCAACACACAGAGGGAAAAAAAAAACAAUACAAGAAUAAUUGUACCGAAACAAAAAAAGUAAUAGCUAACUUUUUAGAUACAUUUUCACAUGUUGAGUCUAGUCGACGAUCUUUUACAUAUUAAUCGCACCUUAAAAGCGUAACGAAAGUGGUUCAGUUACAACUUGCACAUGAGCUACAGUUGCGACUCAAACUUAAGAUUUGAACAUUUCAAAGUUGUUCGACGUGAUGGAAAAGACUAACAGAAAUUAACAAACUGAAACAGACAUUUUUGUUGAUUCAAACGUUUCAGGUGGAGUCUCGUUCAAAUCAAACAUUCCAUUGACUUGGAGUGGCAGACGACACUAUCUUCACUUCUGCUGUGGGUGUGCGCCUCAUUCAUUAAAUAUUGGAAAUAAUUUUAACUUCAUUGAAGAUCGUCUGAUGUAGAACUGUUUCUUGAUGUGCCUAACCUCAUUAACGUGAGAUCCACUUUACUGGACACUAGAGUAGAGACUGUCAGCAUUCCUUGUCUGGCUCUCCAAGCCCUAGCUCGAGAUUUGAAGAUUUUUGAAAGUGUCCAGCAUUGUUUGUGUCCAUCCGGCCUGACAGCCCCCCACCCCGCUAUCUUGUCAAACGGAAUGAACAAAGUAGAUUGAGUGGAGAGAGAGGACACAGCCCUGCUCCCUUGACGAGGACAUUAUGAUCAACGUACAGCUUGCGCAAUGAACUUUGUAGAACAUAGAGCUACGGAACCUGGACAUUGUUACUUAACAUAGAGUUACAGAACCAGGACCUUUUUACUUAACAUCUAGAUAAAGAAUCUGGACCUUGUUACUUAACAUAGAGCUACGGAUCCAGGACCUUAUUACUUAACAUAGAGCUACGGAUCCAGGACCUUAUUACUUAACAUAGAGCUACGGAUCCAGGACCUUAUUACUUAACAUAGAGCUACGGAUCCAGGACCUUAUUACUUAACAUAGAGCUACGGAUCCAGGACCUUAUUACUUAACAUAGAGCUACGGAUCCUGGACCUUGUUACUUAACAUAGAGCUACGGAUCCUGGACCUUAUUACUUAACAUAGAGCUACGGAUCCUGGACCUUGUUAUGUAACAUAGAGCCACGAGAACUGGACCUUGUUACUUACCCUUGAGUAAUAAGCAGUGGACAAGCGUGAUGAGUACAGGUUACAUUAAAUAACCGGGAGAGAAAACAUUGUGUCCUUGUCUCCCCCACCCCCUCCUGGCCUUAAGGCAAAUCCAAGGGAGAUAAUUAGCAACUGGCCAGUUGAAAGAACCUUAUCGAUCAAUAGAUAAAUCAAUGAGGCAUUGGUUGAAAGGGCGGAUAAUCGAUUAAGAUAUAGCAGUAGUAAUUAUAGAACUGCAAAGAUUUAUUGUCUAGUAAAUACGAAAGCAAAAAUCGAUUUCGAAAUGAAUAGAACAGAUCAGACACGCUUGGCAGAAACUAAAUAAAGUCUUGCUUUGGUUUCGUUUCAUAACAACUAUUGUCAUUCGGUGGACAAUGUCAUCAACGGUCAUAAACCAGGUCCACAUUGAGGGCCAUGACUUGACCAACUACAGUAUAAAUCUCUCCGCCAACAACAACGUGGGCAAUGAAGACUUGGGCAUCCCCAGCUCCCACGAGCUGCCCUCGGCCACGGCUCUGCACAUCGGCGCCAUCGUGAUGCUGAUCGCGCUGCUGUGGGGGCUGUUCGGCAACAUUUUGACCUCCUUCGUCAUCCUGACCAACCGGGACCUGAAGAACACCACCAACGUCUUUAUCGUCAGCCUGUGCAUCAACGACAUCCUCAACCUCGGCAUCAACAACAUGAUCGUCCUCAUUUCCUACUUCAUGAUGGAGUGGAGGAUGGGGCUUGAAAUCUGCGAGAUGGUCAUGCACUUCACGGUCCUGCUCAUGGGCUCCUCUCUCUGGCACACGGGCCUCAUAUCCAUUCACCGGCUCAUCGUUGUCUGCUUCAACAACUUUUACAAAAAAAUCUCCAAGAAAGCCUACGUCAUCUUCGUACUCUCCUUCGCCAGGAUCGUCCCCCUCCUAUUUAUGAUAACCCCCCACCUGGGAAACAUGUCGCAGUUUCAACCGAAGCUCAUACGCUGCAUCGCCAGGAAGGAGUUCCUCCUUUACACCAUGCUGGUCAGUGUGACACUCCAGAUGCUUCCAUCUAUCAUUCUAAUCGUCUGCUACAUUGCCAUCUUCGUCAAGGUGUUCCGAUCUUCCAGCGCCAUCAGGGCCACGAGGAAGCGCGAGUGGCUCAGGCGGGAAAUUCAGGUCACCAAAAUGUUCGGAAUGGUAUUUUUGCUCAUCAUUCUUGGCUACCUUCCUUACGGGAUUGUCCGAUUUAUUGACAGGAAGCUAGAGCUCAGCGCGGACUUUUAUGUGGGAAUUUCCGUUGUCUACGCCGUUGCCAAUAGCUGUAAUCCUAUAAUCUACGGCGUCAUGGACCGAAAGAUUAGACGCUACUGCUUCAGGGCGUUAGGUCUGGAGGAGACAUGCAUGAAGAGCGACCAACAGAUGAAGAAGAAGAUUAGCAUGAGAACCAAUGGUGAGGUUGAAGUGACAGAAACAGUCAACAUCACCACGCCUGCUAAAUCAGUGGCCCCUACGUCAACAACGCCUCCGCCGUGUCAGGUUUGACUACGCUCGGGGGAGAACUUAGACGCCGUGACAACGUCACACAACCUCGACCCGGAAACUGUCAUUCACAGCCACGUGGGAAAACACUUUGACGCCGCUGGCCAAUCAGAGCAUCUCAUUCCCAACGGAGAUUCCCGAAGACCGCAGACGAUCAAAAGCGAUUCCCAUUACGACUUAGGAUUUUCCACAAACUAUCACAGUCCAUCCAUUUACGAGCUGUCGGAACUAUCGGCUGUUGUAGUGUCUAACUCUCUAGGUGACGGAGUGCUUGGAUCACCACUCACCAAUUUCCAUUGUGCCACAGACGCUACGGCUACAGAGGUGUUUCCAUUGGUAAGCCAGACACCGCGAUUGCGUAAAUCUGAAGAAGAUCUUAUUUCGCUGCAUUGCGCCGCAAGAUCUUCGGCCUCCAAAAGCGGGAAAUCCGAUUCCCUGGCCGACUUGUUGAAAGGGACGAUCCUUAGCACCGAGCUCUGUAUUACAAACUCAUUUUUUCUCAACGGGGGCUGGACCUCAGUGCCUACCUUAAACAAACUUUCGGCUUCCGCCUCGAGUUCACGGAAGGCGGAUCCAAAGGUGAAGCAUAAAGUGACUCCGAGGAUAGUUAUCGACAAAGCUUCGGACGAUGAGGAGGAGGAACUGACCAGUGAUGAUGUCGACGUGGACGAGCUGGAGGAGUACUACAGCAGACAGCUGGUGCUGAGUGAAUGGGAGGAGAUAUGUAGAGACCUGAGAGUGACUGAGUUAUAAGGGAGGAGUGACUGAGUUAUAAGGGAGGAGUGACUGAGUUAUAAGGGAGGAGUGACUAAGUUAUAAGGGAGGAGUGACUGAGUUAUAAGGGAGGAGUGACUGAGUUAUAAGGAAGGAGUGGAUGAGAGAAAGAGAGAGAGAGGGAUUGAAAAUGAACGAGAGAAUGAUAGAAAGUGACAUAAGAGAUUGAGAGAGAGAGAGGGAGGGAGAUUAGUAAACACUUAUUCAUAAAGACAUACAUUAAUAUAUAUAUAUAUAUAUAUAUAUAUAUAUAUAUAUAUAUAUAUAUAUAUAUAUAUAUAUAGGAGAGAGAGAGAAUGAGAGUGAAAGAGAGAGAGAGAGAGUGUGAGAAGUACACACGGUGUAGGACAGAGAAAGAGAGUUAGGAGAGAGAGAAAUAAAAAAAAAACAGACAGUAAAAGAGGUAGCGUGUUUAAGAAGGGGAGAGAAUCAAAGAGUUCGCCUCUAAAUAGUUCCCACUAAAUGAUCAACACCUACAAGUGUAAUACUACAAACACUACUUGAAUAUAUAAAUACAUCAAAUAUAAAUUUCCCUAAUUUUAAGAUAUUUAAUUUGUGCUUCUAACGGAACUAAAAAAGU